CGAUCAUCAUCACACCAUAGAGAGAUACUCGUAUCAUUGCCAAUCCCUUCCCCCGGCCACGUUCCGACAUGUCGACCGACAACCAUCUACCGGGUCACAAACCACCCCGACCCGCACCUGCAACCUCGAUCCCUGCUCAGAAACGCGCAACGUCCACUCAUCCUCCCGGCAACAUGGCCUCGACCACGUCUUACAACCCUCCUCGCUCAGCACAGACACGUUCGAUGACCAAGCUAGCCCAGAGUAGGAAACACCUCGAGACGUUCGUUCAGAUCGAGAGGAACGGGGGAAAGACCAUGUUUGGUGGAGUGGUCCGCGGGAAGAAGCGAGGGCCUCUGCUGGACAGCUUCAAGAAUGUGCAGCAAAAGGCGGGCGACCAAGCACAAACAGAAGAGAAAAGUGACGGCGCUGGCAAAGAUUUCGGUCUGGGAUCUGGCACUGCGGUACCGUCGACACUCGACGGCCUACCUAAACCGGGCCAGACCUCGAUCCCUUCCUUUCCGUCCCAACAUCCCGCUCACCGAACACCACCGAAACCAUCACUAGCCCGACCGAAUCACACCAUCUGUCGCCAACCAAACCAUCCUAGCCCGAUCGAGAUUCAGCCGGGAGGGUUCAGGAUGGAUGAUGAAGAUAGCGAGGACGAGUUGCUCUUGACACCCCGUAGCAGACAACAAAAGAGGCGUGCCCCAGCGGAGAGGCCUUUCUUGCCUAUAGGAAAGAGCCGGCUGGCCUUUGGUGCAGCCCCCACAUCUUCUCUAGCAUCCUCUUCGACGGGUCCAGAAACGGCGGGAGCUACAGAUUACCGCGGGAUGACCCGCCUUCUACCGACCGAAGAGACGCUGCCCCAGGUCAAACGCAAACGACCCUCUCACCCGUCCGAUUCGCCUUCCAUGUCGACAGAGAGGGGUCAGGCUCGAGCUCGUCAUGGUCAGGACGUGGCUACCUCGCUCUCUCCUUCUCCAUCUCCUGCACUCGCCCGAUCGAGGACGAGAACUCGCGGCCAGACGGAGGAACCGAACAUCGAUACUCCAGAGAGGCGACACAAGGGGAAACGAAGGAGGGUCUCGGAUAGCCCGUCCAAGGUCCUGGGUGGACGCAAGAGCAAGGCAUCGGUAACGCCAUCGGCGACCAUGUCAGCGUCUACGUCGUCUCCCCAACGAUCCGUCGGCGAACGUUUGAUGGCAAGCGGAAUGAUCAAACCACCGACUCCGCCUAGAAAAAGGGUAGCAGAAGCGGGCGGUUUCGAGCCAAAGCAGAGGACGUCAGGUACUUUGCCGAGUGCGCUUGGAGCCAGAUCAGGGGAUGACGAUGGGAUGCAAGUAGACGACGUGAAAGACGAACCCAAGAGAGAACAAGCGAGACUCGGGGAUUUAGGUUUCGGAACUACCGGGUCGUCGAAUCUGCAAGCCAGACCGAGCGGAUCUACUACCCACAUGAUCUCAAGCUUCCAACUCAAGAGGCCAUCUUAUCCGAGCUCGCUCGGCCCUGGCGCCGCGCCUUCCCGUCCGAUGGCCCGUAAUGUGGCUCUACCGGCCGUGGAUGCGAUGGAUACGACAGCGACCGACCCGAAUCCCCGUCCGUCCGCCUUCUCCUCCUCGAAUACAUCGGGACUAGCUCGGAUACCGAGUCGACGGGAAGGACUCGGAUCGGACACGAAAGGAAGCCUCUACGGCCUCAGCGCUGCUUUGGCAAAAUUGCAAGUCAAGGCGAGCGCGCCGAACCAGGUCGAGGGGGAAAAGAGGCGGUUGGGCGGUUUCGCCAUGCCUACCGCGAGCAGUGCUGCCAAGUCGAUCGCCAGCGGUUCGUCCGAGCCCGGAAGGCUGCCUGGUCCGGCGGGUCUGAAGCGCAGUUCGACGAUGAUGGGGCAGAGGCGGGUGUCCUCGUUGGCGGGUGUUGGUCAGGAACAAGCAAGGUCCGGACCGACUCAAUCGCAAUCGAGGGCGACGAGCGUGGCACCUUCCGACUCUCAAUUGGUCAGAUCAGGGACGAUCGGGGGAAACUUACAGAACCUCAUCGAGAGCGAUGCCGGGACGGGCUGCCUCAAGGGCGUCGUGGCCUAUGUCGACGUGAGGACUGCAGAGGGAGAUGACGCCGGGACGGUCUUUGCAGAAAUGCUCAGGUUUUGCGGUGCCAAGGUACUUGCUAAACCUACCGAAUCGUGUACACACAUCGUUUACAAGUCGGGAAAAACGUCUACGGUAGCCUGGUACCGCCGUCAAGAAGAUCCGAAACCGUAUCUCGUUGGAAUCAGCUGGGUUACGCGAUGUAAAGAGGCUGGGAAGCGAAUUGAUGAAGAAGCGUACGAGAUCAACCUCGAGGAGAUUGAGUCCUUCAAAAAGAGACGACGUUCGAUGGAACCUAAACAACUUCGCGCGCUCAUUGCCGCCGGUAACGGACAAGAACCCGAGCAAGCUCCCAUGGCUCAGCUGCGACGCUUAUCAGGCCAAUAGACAAACCGGCUUGAUGCCUCUCGCGGACGGAAUCACAAUUUGCAUAUUCCC